GCACGCUCCGAUGGAAACAUGGACCCUUCACCAGCAUCCUACUACGGACCCCUGGAUAAAAACAACCCUGUAUUGUCAGCAUUUCAAAGUGACCUAAAAGAGUUUAAAGCGCAUAUAAAGAAACUUUUAGGCUCUCCGAGCUACGACAACCGAUCCUACUCCAGGGGGUCCAUAAAACUGUUUGAAACAUGGAACAAGUAUAAAUCUCGCCUUCCUCCAUGUUAUUUCGAAGAGCACCUGUUGCAAACUGCUGAUUUCCUCCUUGACACUAAGCUAUACAGGCUUGCUCUCUGGCAAGGGUACAGACUCUAUCUGCAGCAGUUUUGCACACUAAGCCUGGAAAGCAUAAGAGAUGUGGAGCACUUCAAGCAGUCCUUCUUCUCAGAUGGCUUUGGUUCAAAGAGAGCCCAGCUUACGUUCCGUGCUCUUGAGGGAGAAUGUCAAUGCAUCUUCUAUUUGGAGAGAGAGAAAAGUGCACUUCCAGACCAGGCUGGGGUUCAAAAGUUGCUGAGCAUCCUGGGAUUUGUGCGCAUUCUUAUGCAGGCUGUUCUGCCUGAUGAAAGUUUAUGCUGGAUCCUGUACAAUGGCUCGUUACACAUGUAUAACAUAUGCAGGUUCCUGAUGUCAGCAGGCCAUGCUUCACAGGUUUUAGAGUACUUACUAUGGGCAUGCACAUGUCUAGAGACUUCUGUUCCUCUGCUGACGGCCAACUUCCUGCCAUGGAGGUCCACACUUUGCUGUGCUGUGUGUGAAUGUUACUUUCAUGACUGUGCUUCAGUUCAGGCAGAGGUAUUUGCGCGCCGAGCCCUUGGCAAGAUCAGCGAACUGGCCAAGCUGGAGGAGAUUACUGGCUCCCAAGUGUCUUUUGAGACCCAGCAAGCUUAUAAGGAGGCCACAAUAAAACUUGCAGUGAUGGUGUUUAAGCGUUCAGUGUACGAACCCCGCAGGAAACCGAAAGGCCUCUUCAAACCCAAACAGAAGAGCAAUUUGAAAGAGCUACAGCUAACUCCAUGGCCUCGCACGCCAACCGAGCGUAUCCUGAUGGAGAUGUUUGAGGGAAAUGCUGCUCGGUUUCUGGCUGUGCUGGAAGCUCUGCAUGACAGCUCUGCCAGGCCCCUGCAGACCGGCAUGCCUGAAGAAUUCGAGAUUCAGGACGUGGUACUGGAGCUCAUUUCGGCUGGCAUUAGCUUGUUGUCCGCAUUUGGUGAUACUGAACACACUUUUGAUGAGAGCAUGCCUCCCUCUGUGAAUGCAGUCACUCCUACCUCCUCUCUCUUUGACAUGGCUGUCGCUGGAAAUAGUAAGAUCGCUGUAGAUGCUGCGGUGAAGUUUGUUAAGCAGCUCUUCAGAUAUGAACAAUGGAGCACGUUCAGUUCGCUCUCUUCUGCACUUAUGUCAGCUCUAGCUAACAUGGAGGGCUGCCCGUUUAGGAAGUAUGAGCUGGAACUGAGGCUUUUGGAGGCUGUGGAGCGCUUGUUGUCCACUCAAAGAGUUAAAAUCACCAUGAAAGAUGCUGCUUUUGAUGGUCAAGCUGACAAGAAUAUUGGGCCAGCAAUCAUGACAGAAGAAUUUUUCAAUCUUAUUCAGACACUUCAUACUUGUGUCUGCAGGACAGACAAGAAUAUCUGGCCAGAUGCAGAUUUGGUGUUGGACAUCGUGCUCUACUUUUGGGCUAAAUGCAAAACAGUUUUUCAAAGAGCGCAGAUGAGGCUUUAUGACCCUGUGCACUACCGGGGAAGGAUGGCAAACCAAGACCAGUGGAUGGAGACCCUGCUCUUGCUGUGUGAAGUGGCCCAUGAGCACCAGCUGGCUGAAGUAGACUUCUUAUUAGUGGCUGAAAUGACUCUCAGAAUUGCCAUGGUGUUGGAAAGCAGCAUGGAUGCCCCGCAGUCCGGGAGGAAAACAGCCACCACUGUAGAUAGUGAAGAGUUCAUCCCUGUUAGAAAAUCUGCAAGCUCCUUGUCCAUGAUGUCCCGAACUGAGCAGCUGCAAACUGCAUUGGAUUUGGUGGAACGAGGUGUGGAUUGUGUGUCCAGAGGCAGGGCCAGGUCACUUAAUGGGGGUUCUGCUGUCUUUGACAAGUUGUUUAUGCAGGCACGAACAUACCAAGUUUUACUUUCUACAACAAAAGCUCUGUUACUUCCUGUUACUUUAUAUACAGUAAGCAUGCUUAAUAAAAUGUGA